AACUCCAUCACCUCCAGCUCGACAACAGCUUCAAUCCCCCACAUCCUCGCCCACUCUCCCUCUCACUCCCCGAGGAACCUGCAAGCGAUGUUCUGAGCAGCCUCUCCAACCAACAUACAACCUACGACUUCCGCGUCCGCUCACUCCACCACGCCUAUCCAUCUCAUCCUGUCUGAACCUCCGACCUCCGUCCGGAACACCACACCACCAUACCAACAAUGGCUCUCCCAACAACCACCCCACAAAUUCCUCACCACGUAACCUCCCUCCUCACGCACCUAACCUCCCGCCCGGGGGUCCAAUCGACCUUCAUCCUCUCGCGCAAAGACGGCUCCAUCAUCCAAAGCACCGGCCUACACGCCCCCAAACCCAGCCGAUCCAGCCCCCAGUCUCACACUCCUUAUGCUCAAGCUGCCUCCACCUCCAUCUCCACCUCCGCUUCCACCUCAGAGGACCCCAACAACACCGACACCGACCCCUCCACCAACCCCUCCCACCACCACCACCAACAACAGCAACAACAGCAGCAACAACAACAACAACAAGAACAACCUCUCUCCCCCACCCAAAUCGCCCUCCCGCUAUCCCCCAUCGCCCCAACAAGUAAAAAACAACCCUACCACCCCUCGCACGCCGAGGCCCUCGCCGCACACAUCUUCGCGUUUGUGUCCAGCGCGUCGGAUUUGAGUCUGUCGCUGUCGCAUCCACCGGAGGGUGAUGCGGGCGCGGGCGCGACGAGACACGAUGGCUUUGUGGAUGGCGGGGCCGGGGACGCGGAGGGUUCGUUUGAGAGGGACGGGGCGGAUGAUGAUGAGGUUAAGUUGUUGAGGUUGCGCACCAAGAAGCAUGAGAUUGUUGUCGUGCCGGAUCGCAAGUUCUUGCUUUGUGUGGUGCAUGAUGCGGCGUAUGGGGUGGGGGGGCUGGGGGGAGGAGGUAGAAGGUAGAUUUGUUUGAUUGAUGGAUGGAUGGAUGGAGGGAGGGAGGUGUUUUUGUUUCGGUUGGUUGGCUGGUUGGUUGGUGGAUAUACCCGGUUUAUUGUGAAUUCUGUCUGUCUGUCUGUCUGUCUCUCUCUCUCUGUGUGUGUGUGUCUGCUUGCUUGUCUGUCUGUCUAUUGGGGCUGUGUUUGAUGUCGAUGUGGGGAUUGGGGAGGGGUUGAGGAAAGUCUGGACGAUCGGUAGAAGAGGGAGGAUGGAGAAGGGGAUAUCUUGAAGAAGCUGGAAUAUACCAUGUCAUUCUAUUUCUAUUCUUUAUGGAAUUUCUGUUGAAUCAGAUAGAACUGACAAUUUUUUA